GAUCCUCCUGUAUUCAAGCCUCACACACACAGACCAACGCACAGACAUAUUAAAACCCGCAGUGCGGUGGUACAGUAUUUCAGCAGGAUUGUGCAUUAACUGUAGCAUAAGUUGAGGAACGGCUCAGACGGAGCUCCAGACGUGCGGCGAGAUGUGCGAACCUGUGGAAGCAUGUCUGUGAUGAAGUGCCUAGAGAGCCUUUCUCCAUGGAGGCUGAUCACUGGACGACUACUGCGUGGCUGCAAUUUAUUACUGAUGAUCUUCUCAGAAGUAAUGACAAGUGAUGUCGUAAUAGUCAAAGUGUUUUACCAAAUAUGGCAAUUCGCAAUCAGGAGCUUCGACUCCUUUUAUCAUUAAUUCUAAACUACUGGAGCCUUAGACAUGACCAGACGCUUGAACUCCUGUCUCAGUCAUUCAUUAUCGCGUACCUAGAGCAUAACGGGUUUAGCAAAGAAAACAAAUUCAAAACACAGUGUUUCAAUUUCGGCAAUAUUUUAAUGGUGAAUACAGAACUCCAUUCUGAAUUCAAAGGCAGACCGCCUUCUUCCGCGCCUUACUCACACACCUACACUAGCUGCGAACGCUAUUUGCUAAUUACGUUCGGUGGUAUUGAUCACGGCACCAGAGAAGGAAGUUGGGACCAUUUCACGCGACCUCUGCAGCCUUUGUCCGCCGAUGCACCGAGUGUAACUUUCCUGAUUCGAAUCGAUAAGGUAGACGAAUCUGGAAGAGGAUGUAUAGCCUCACCGGGCACGUUUACCAGACACUGGAACGAGCCGAGGGAAUUAUUACACGCUAGCGAUCUGUGCUCGAACACGCUGGCUGUCGCUGAAGCACUAACUCGUCCGCGGUGGCCUUUGCGUCCUGUCGCUGAACUUAAGGUCCAACAUAGCUUGGCGCAUUUUGUGCGCCCCUCCAAAAUCCACAUGCCUGGCGAAGACAUAGUUCUGUAUUGGCGCUUUCCGCCUCCCCAAGAUGGCCACGACAUGCGCACAUUCAGUGUCUAUCUUGACCUCGGACCUUCACAUGAAGCUCUACAUUUAUACAAGUUUCUCACCAUAGCUGGCAUGGCAGAUAGUAGCACUACAUUCGAGAGAUGGAACAUCAAUGCAAGGAGGUGGGAAAUUGCUGGAGAAAUACACUGGAAUAAUAAUUUCACUGGAGAAGUGAAGUUUGGCAUUUACACUCUACCGCUACGAGAUGUUCGGCGGAGGAAAAAACAAAGCAGCAAAUCCCGGAGAUUCGUGGUCAACAACGCGGAAUACAAAUGGAAGGUCAAGGAUAACGGACGGGACCUCUUUUGUGUCAAUGCCGACGGUGAGACGGUCGCGACUUGGACAGAAGAAAUACUUGAGCUACGUGUGGCCGCUAGUGCGGAAGACAUCCUCGAUCGUCUUGUCGUCACCUGCCUCGUGCACAUAUGGUUCAAGGCCCAUGGCUAUUGGUGA